AUGAACCACAGCAACGUAUCCGACGCCGCGAUCGACAAGGCCGAGCACGCUCACCUCGAGACUGCCGACAACAAGCUCGAACCUAGCGCAGUCGAGGCGGCCGUCCAUGGGCAUGAUGCCAAGUGGGAGCGCAAGACUAUCCGCAAGAUUGAUGUCAGACUGCUCAUCAUCCUCGGUCUCUGCUAUGCUAUCAGUCUCAUCGACCGUACCAACAUCUCUGCUGCUCGAGUGGCUGGUAUGCAAGUAUCUUUGCAGCUCCAGAUAGGCGACCGCUACUCCAUCAUCUCCCUCUUGUUCUUCGUCCCCUACAUCAUCUUUGAACUCCCCUCAAACAUCAUCCUCCGUAAAGUCGGCCCUCGCUACUGGCUCAGCUCUAUCGUCAUGGGCUUUGGCGUCGUUAUGGUCGGCAUGGCCUUUUGCAAAGAGUGGUGGCACCUCGCCAUCUGCCGUGUCCUUCUCGGUCUCCUAGAGAGCGGCUUCUUCCCUGGUUGUGUCUACCUCGUCUCCUCCUGGUACACACGCUACGAGACCAACUCGCGAAUGGCCGUCUUCUACCUCACAUCCAUGGUCAUCUCGGGCUUUUCCAACAUUUGGGGAUACGGUAUCACCUUCCUCAACGGCAAGGCUGGUCUUAUCGCUUGGCAAUGGAUCUUCCUGAUCUUUGGUCUCAUCACCGUCGCCCUGGCCAUCCUCGGCUUCUUCCUCAUUGUCGACUUUCCCGAAAAGUCCAAGUUCCUCGCCGAAGACCAAAAGGCCUGGGCUAUCGCCAGGAUCGAAGCGGACCGAGGCGACGCGGUCCCCGACAAGCUUACCGGUCGUGCCUUCAUGCGCGCCGUGUCGGACGGCAAGAUCUGGGCCUUUGCGUACCUCUUCAUGACCGCCACUACUGGCUCUUACGCUUUCGCCUUCUUCCUACCUGUCAUCCUCGAAGGUCAGGGGUAUAGCCAACAGCUUGCCCUCAUGCUCUCUGCUCCCCCAUACGUCUUUGCCGCCAUCUACACCUUUGCCCUCGCCGUCAUGUCGGACCGCCUCCGUAUGCGCGCCCCCUUUAUCGCCACUUCCAACCUCGUCUGCAUCGUCGGUCUCGCUAUCACUGCCUACGCAGGUACGAUCGGCGUCCGAUACUUUGGGUGCUUCCUCACCAUCGCUGGCGCCCAGUCCAACGUACCCGCAGUCCUCGCCUAUUCCCAAAACAACGUUCGCAUGAGUUCCAAGCGGAGCGUGACCAGUGCCUUGGUUAUUGGCUUUGGCGGUAUCGGUGGUAUCAUUGCCUCGACUGUCUACCGUCAGAUCGACUAUCCCCAAUACAUCCCCGGACUGUGGACCACCAUGGCCCUCAACAUGGGCUCCAUCGCCGUUCUCGCUGUCUUGAGCAUGAUCUUCAAGAAGCAGAACCGUCGCGCCAACGCUGGGGAGAUUGAGAUCGAGGGUGCUCAGGGCUUCUUGUACACGAUCUAG